UUUCAGCUGCGGGAAAUUAGUUUCGUUAGUCUGCUGGCGGACGUGGUCUCGGACGGAUCUCGGGCGGAGAAAACCCCCCCGUACAAGUUGGUGGAACAUUGUGUGUGCCGGAGAAGAGUCGGGGAGUGUGUUUUGGAAAACGAGCCGGAAAAAGGCACUCUUAUCAGCGCUGAACCGGGACCGGAAAAUUUGAAGAUUGGACGCUCGCGUUCGUGGGAAAUGUGGUUCACAGGUUCGGAGUGAGAUGUGUUUGUGGGCAGAUUAGAUGGUGUUAUUUUUAACGUUCAGGUGGGAAGUGUUUGAAGAGAGUUUGUGAGUGUUUUUUUUCCUGCGGUGGAAGAGAACUUUUACGAGGAAAACAAACUGCUGAACGAAGGACUUCCAGGUACUUGUUACUGCGUCGGAAAAAGACUAAAGCACUGUUUAAAGACGAAACAGACCCGAGCCCAAGAACGAGCUCAGUCAGUUUCCGCUCUCUCUAGAAAUAGCAACCAAUUUGCAUUUCGAUUCCUUCCAUCAUCAACAGCAGCAUCAGAGUUGCUAAGUGUUACGGUUCACCGGAAAUAAGAGAGCUGUGGAAUCGAACAUGAAUACCAAAUAGCAGAAUCCCCGGUAGCCUCCCAGGAGCAACAGAGCAUUUUAAUCCUGACGAAUGAGUAACAAAGCAGCAGGUUGUGGCCAAAAACGAAUAAAUUUUGCCACUGCUCGGAACCUCUUUCCAUGUUUUCCGGCCAGUCCAGUGUGUCCAGUUUGCUCGCAUGAUAGUGAGUAAUAAAUUAAUGAAGAUAAAGGAAAGCGACCGGGACCGGGAGUGAGAGCUCAACUCCGGAGGGAAUUGGAGGAGGCGCUUCGGAAGGGAAGAAAGAUCGUGGUUUUGCAGGAAGGAAAGACACAGAAAAAGUGGUUUAAAACGAAUUUAAAUAAAAGGAAAAACUCAGAGUGCAGGAAAAUCGAAGUGAACAGCGUGAGACCUUUUGUGGCAGGCAAAAGUGUGGAGUUCAGGAUAAAAAAGAGAGCACCCUUUUCAGAGACACGGAAGCGCCCAGGAGCCAACAGUUGAACGGGACUAGAAAAGGAUAAAAUUGAAAUAAAAAUAAAAUUAAAAUAAAAAAGGCAAAGCCACUGCCGCUGUCGUCGUGAUGCAGGAAGUGGAAUACUUUGGUGAUACCUUGACCACCGGUGCCUGCAGUGGUGGCACCGGAAAUGGCGUCCACAGGGGGUCGGGGACGACGGGGGGUGGUAAGCAUCCGAGGAAAUGUAGCUACGAUUUACUGGAACACCGCAAGUAUAACAAAUGUGAUGAAAAUGUAAAUUAUACCUCCUCGGUGGCCAACGCCACAGUUGCCGACCUGCCCAGUUCACCGUCACUGUCGCCGUCGUCGUCCUCGGAAGAGGACAGCCCCUCGCCGACGGAGAUGAACAACUGCAUCAAGUUUGGCGUGGAGAAGCCGACGCUGAUCAAACGCUUCACCCUCGGCUUUCUGCGCUCCACCGAGGACAGUCUGCCCCUGGUGUACCAUAAAUCAUCGCCAACGUCGCCAACCCAGAAGAAGCUCAACGACAUCCUGUCCGAGGACAUCUACAGUUUGGACCAGAUCGUAUCGAGCAAAUUUGGCGACUCCUGCCGGCAAUCCCUUACCACGGCCGCUGCUCCUCCCCAGCUGCUGCGGCCGGAGUACGAGUUCCGGCGGAACCGGUUGAUCCGCAAGACGAACAGCGCCAACUCGAGCCCCAAGAAGCGGUUCGUGCCGAACAUCGCGGUCAAGCGCACCGACAGUUUGAACAGCAUCGAGGACAACGACCUGGACAGUGCCAGCUGGUUCCAGGCCGGGCUGCCGCGGGAGGUCUCGCUGGAGGUGCUCACGCAGCAGCAGCCGGGGGCGUUCCUGGUGCGGAGGAGCACCACCAAGCAGGGCUGUUUUGCGCUGUCGUUGCGGGUGCCGCCGCCGGGGCCGAAGGUGGUGCACUAUUUGAUACUGAAGACGGAGCGGGGGUACAAGAUUAAGGGCUUCACCAAGGAGUUCUCGUCGCUGCGCGCCCUGAUAACGCACCACUCGGUGAUGCCGGAGAUGCUUCCGGUUCCGCUGUCGCUGCCGCGCCCCCAGAACAUCCCCCUCAAGUGCAAACGCGUCGACGACUACGACAGCUACAGCACGCUGCACGAGUUCUCCAAGCUGUUCUCCGAUCUGGACCUAUGAUAGUCCGUGUCAGCGGAAAGGAGGGAAAACUUGGCUCUUUUGAUGAGUUUGUAAAUAGCCACUUUUGUAUACACACACACACACAAGGACACAUGAACGACGCGCAAACACUGGGAAAAUGAUUUUACACCUGAUGAGAAGAAAAUAGAAGAAGGAGGAAAAGCUGGAGUACCCUUAAGUUGGUAUCCCAAAAUGGCAGUUGGUGUUGUUGUAGUGUAUAACUUUACAAUCAAAAUAAGGAAGAAGAAUGCGAAAACUAAUAGUUGUAACACAUACACACAAACUACCGUAAUCGUUUGAUAUUGUGAUAUAGAAUUAUAUAUGGAAGGAACAUAAAUGUGAAACAACCUGGUCAUUAUUACCAGCAGCUAGGACACGACGCAAACCGAGAAGAAAGAAAAUUGGAAUUGAAAAUAAAUGACUUUAAAAGUUGUGUCGAAUUGAAAAAUUGGCAUCAUUA